AAAAUUAAAAAAUUUCUUAAAUAUAACAUUUUAAAAAAAAUUAAAUUAAAUUAGUUUUACUUUAAAAGUAAGCGACAUCUGGCUUGAGUAAUUUUUUAUACACAAAACUCAAAGCGCAGUCAAAAAAAAUUAUCCUUGGGAUUCUUCCUAUGUAUGCGAGCCGAGCUGAAAUGAAAAUCUUUGCCACAAACGUUGUCGUUGCCAGCGCAGCGGAAGCAACUGCUGCUGUUGCAACUGCAACAUCUACAACAGCGGCGCAACAACAGCAGCAGCGGGAAUAUCGCUGCGGCGCUCAGGUUAAGUACAACAAAUACAACAACAAGGCCAACAAUAUGCUGCGGCAGACCAAAUACAUCAGCGGCAACGGAAACAGCAGCAACAAUAACGGCAGCAGCAACACAGAUAGCAAGCAUGCCAAGCGUCAGACACAGCAGCAGCAACAAACACAGCAGCAUUACAACAACAACAACAACAACAACAUGCACAACUUUACACGCAAAAAAUAUUUUGGCAGCAACAGCUAUAACUGCAACCAACAGCAGCAGCGGGAGCAACAGCAACAAAAUGCUGCAGCUACAAAGCUUCCAAGCAACAAUAACAACAACAACGUAAUGAAAAAUCAAAACCUAAUUGAAGAAAAUGUCUGCAACGACAGCGACAACAACAACAACAAUGCUGUCAUAAAGUUGCAGCCAAAAUUAGGCAGCGGCAACGGCAACGGCAACUGCAACAUCAAGAAACGCAACUCGCUUUCAUCCUCGGCAGAAUCGAGCACUUCGUCUGCCUUUUAUCACAACUGUUCCGAGUCCUCAAACACAUCAACAACGAACAGCAACAGCAAUCCAAAUGAUGAUGAGCAGCGACAACAACCGCCAGCAACAUUGUCAAAUCUAAAUGCAACAGUAACAAAGCAGCAACCGUCAGCAGCAGCUGCAACAACAACAACAACAGCUGCCGCAUUGCCACAACAAUUGGACAACAACAAAGUGACGCAAAGAUCUAAGCAACAACCGUUGUGCUUCUGGAAGACGAGCUAUCCACAGCAGCCGACGCUGCAGCAGAAGGAAUAUUUUACCCGCUUGCUACAGCAGCAGUUGGAGGCGGCGCUAGCCACUCAGAAGGAAUCGGAACUGGCAAAUGCCGCGGCAGCAGCAGCUGCGGCAACAGCAGCAACAUCGGCGACAGGAGCAGCAGCAGCAGCAACUGAUCAACAGCCGCAUUAUUAUCAGUAUUAUUGCUCGCAGCCCAAGCAGCUGACCAUUGCUUCGUUUCUGCAAAAGGAGCUGCUGCCCGAUGCGGAGAAGACCAACGGCCAACAGCAGCAGCAUCAACAGCAACAUCAUCAUCAGCAGCAGCAGCAACACAAACAGCAGCAAACCUCGGGUGCUUAUCAGCAGCGUUAUCGCAAUGGCAGCUACAGCUACAACAAUAAUAAUAAUAAUAAUAACAACAACAACAACAACAACAACCAUGGUUCGCAGCAGCAGCAACAACAGCAACACGCCCAUCACACACAUAAUCCACAGCAGCAACAUCACAAUCACAUGCACAACGCACACUUUCGACGCAACAACAAGAAGCUGCACUACGGCAACAACAGCUGCACGCCAGCAACAUCUGCCCAGAAGUCUAUUGAAAUUGUGAGCGCCAACAACUACAAUGGCGCACAUCAUAGGCGCAUGCCGAAUGUGGCUGUGGGUGGCAAUGGCAAUCAUGUUGCCGGUAAGAAUGGCUACUAUCAACUGCAUCAGCAACAGCAGCAGCAGCAACAUCACCAUCAUCACCAUCAUCACUAUCAUCACUCGCUAAUGCCUGGCAGCAAUACGCCCACAAGCGGCGAGCAUCAGAAUUUCUAUAAUCUGACCUAUGUGAAUGUUGAUUUGCCGGCAGCCAGAAUACCUGCAACAGCGGCGGCGACGCCAGCAGCGGCAGCAGCAACAACAACAACUGCUGCAGGUAGCAAUAUGCUGUUAAAGCCACCAGCAACCAUUGCCACAGCUGAAACUCCAACAGCAGCAGCGACGGUGCCAGCAGCAGCUGUUGCACCUGGCAGCAACCAUAAUAUAUUCCUUCAGCCGCCGCCAACACUGCAGUUGGCCAUGCUUGCACCGGGCAUACUGUCACCAGUAGCCCUAACUCCGGAUGCGAUUGCGACGACGCCGACAAAUAUGAUUAGUUGUGCACAAUUGGACGAGGCCAUCACAGCGGCAGCUGCCAGCAACACGGGCAACAGCAACAGCAACACCAACAGCGCCAGCAGCAACAGCAACAAGAACGUGGAUCUAUCCGGCGUAUUAAACGUGCCCAGUCCCACAUAUGCAGCGCUGCCUUUUAUGCUGCACCAACAGCAACAGCAGCAGCAACAGCACCAGCAGCAACAGUUGUUCCCCAACAAAGCACAACAGCAGCAGCAACAACAACAACAACACCAGCACCAACAGCAACAGCAGCUCUUUUUUAGCUUUGGCGAUGGCUACAACAGUGCCGCCUGGUCACAUGCUAAUUCGCCGUGCUACCCUGCAGCCGUCUAUGGACCAAGUCCGAGCAGCAUUUCGAGUGGUUCGGCUCACAAUCGCGUUCCGUCACAUCGCGCCGUCUCGCCCGCCUCGUCCACGUGCUCGCUGACCAGCGAGUCUCAAUGGAGCAGUCGCAGUCGCUUGGCAUCUGCAGAUCUGUUGUCCGUAUCGCCUACGCCGCUAGCAUCAGCUGGACCGAAUGCCGGAAUUCCAGCUGCAAGCCAACAGCACUUGUCGCCGCAUGCGCUGCAUGCGAUGCUACCGUUUGGCAUACCUCCACCACCACCACCGCCUCCCUCAGCGGCAGCAGCGGCGCCCCCACCACCACCGCCGCCACCGCCCACACACAACCUGUCUUACCAGCAUUAUUGCGGGCCCAAUUGCGGCUGCGGCACUGCAUCCAGCGCAUCCUGGCCAGCGUCUUGGUAUGAGCUAAUUCUUCCACCGGAUCGCUAUUUGGAUCACGCACGCAACGUUGAGCUGACCAUACAGCCGGAUCAGUUGCUGUGCCACUGCAAGUACGACAAUCUGUCGCUGGACAUCUGGAAGCGAUUUCGCGCUGCACAACAAACGCACGCCAAGUUCAAGCUGAAGAUGCGCCUCUGGCGUCAUCUGUUCAUCUGGAUAAACCAGCCCAUGUUUUCGCGCUAUCGCAUCUGCCUGGUGGGCUCAACGAUCACCGGCUUUGGCACGGACUCAUCGGACAUCGACAUGUGCCUGCUACCGGAGCAUCAGACACAUCAGCAGCAGCAGCACCAUUACAACAAUGAGCUCCGCGCCGAGGCGCUUAUGAUUUUGAAUCUGUUCAAUGCGGUUCUCAAAGAUAUGGAAGCUUUUCAGGAUUUCAAUUUAAUUGAAGCGCGUGUCCCGAUCCUUCGCUUUAAAGACCGCAUCAACGGCAUCGAGGUCGAUCUCAACUAUAACAAUUCUGUGGGCAUUAAAAACACAUAUUUGUUGCAAUUGUAUGCGCAGUUGGAUUGGCGCACUCGUCCACUAGUGGUCAUAGUCAAACUGUGGGCUCAAUAUCACGAUAUCAACGAUGCCAAGCGAAUGACCGUGUCGAGCUACUCGCUGGUGUUGAUGGUUCUGCACUAUUUGCAGUGCGGCUGUGUGCCCCAUGUGCUGCCCUGCCUGCAGGCACUAUACCCAGAGAAGUUCAAUUUGGGGCAGCAGGAUUGCCUCGAUCUGGAUCUGAUAGAGCCCAUCGAGCCGUAUCAGACGCACAACACCCAAACCCUCGGCGAGCAUCUGUUGGGCUUCUUCAAGUACUACAGCAGCUUUGACUUUCGAAACAAUGCCAUAUCCAUUCGCACGGGUGGCAUUUUGCCGGUGACCGCCUGCCGACUGGCCAAGAGUCCCAAGAACGACAUACAUCAGUGGAAGGAGCUGAACAUUGAGGAACCCUUCGAUCUGUCCAAUACGGCACGCUCGGUCUACGACCAAGCCACAUUUGAGCGCGUCAAGGCAAUCUUUGUGGCUUCAGCACGUCGGCUGGAGCACACACUAGAUCUGGCCUCCAUAUUCACGCCCAUUCAUCAUAGCAAUCAACGCCCUACGGCCCUGAAUCAACAGGCCCUGCUGCACCUCCAAACGCAACCUCCCCCCAUCCAUAACCACAUCCAUCAUCCCGCACAUCAGCCGCACCAGCAGUUACUGCACGCCCGCAACACUGGCCCAACCUUUGCGGCACCUGCCACUCAUCUGGUCUAAUUGGCAUCUAUGGAAGACUUAUCCAGGUGUUUCCUUACCCACAGACAUCACACACACUCCCACACACUCACGCACACACA